UUUUUUUUUCGGCUGACAAGUAUAUAUGGGUCCAGUGUUUACUGUUAGCUAGUUAGAGCUCUUUGUUUUUGUCAUCACUUCAAAGUCAAAAUGUCGCGGCUGUGUAACAGCUUACGUUGUUUGCCAUAACUUAUCCGAGGGGCAGAUAUUAUAACAGAUACUGAUAAACGGUUUCAGGAUACAGAUUUAUUUGCCUCCAUACUUUUUUUUUUUUAUUUUUUUCAAUAUUUUGUUUUGUCCACUUGUAACUGGAGAGGAAGCUUCAUCUGGAAACGUCGGUGUGAGGUCAUCCUAAAGUUUCGAGAAGGUCUAAGUUGAAGGUGGCAGCCAUGGUGUUGAUUCUGGGCAGAAGGAUGAACAGAGAGGACUCUGGGAUCAGAGACUCACCAGCUGUCAAACGCAAGGUUUUUGAGGUUGACUCCAAAACUUUAGCCAGCCAGGAAGUCUUGGACUUCUGUUCUGGCUCAUCCCACUCAGAGGGCAUCCUGCAGGUAUUCAAUGAGUUUCGCGACUGCCGCCUGUUUACUGAUGUUGUCAUCAGCGUGCAGGGCCGCGAGUUCCCCUGCCAUCGCGCUGUGCUUUCUGCCUGCUCCUCCUACUUCAGAGCCAUGUUCUGCAACGAUCACCGCGAGAGCCGCGAGAUGCUGGUCGAGAUCAACGGCAUCCUGGCUGAGGCGAUGGACUCCUUCCUCACCUAUGUUUACACCGGCCGUGCCAAAAUUACCACAGAGAAUGUCCAGUUCCUCUUUGAGACCUCCAGCCUCUUCCAGAUCUACACACUGCGUGAUGCCUGUGCCAAGUUCCUGGAGGACCAGCUGGACCCUUGCAACUGCCUGGGCAUCCAGCGCUUCGCAGAUGCCCAUAGCCUGAAGCAGUUAGCCAGCCGCUGCCGCAGUUACGCCCUGGCCAACUUCUCAGAAGUGGCUCAGCAUGAGGAGUUCCUCGACCUACGCAUAGAAGAGCUGGAGGAGUACACUGGCAGCGAUGAGCUGUCUGUUGGUAAGGAGGAGGUGGUGUUUGAGGCAGUGAUGAGAUGGGUGUACCACAGUGUGGAGCACAGAAGGCCCAUGCUGAAGGACCUGCUGCACCAUGUGCGCCUGCCCCUUCUGCACCCCAACUACUUUGUCCAGACAGUGGAGGGAGACCAGCUCAUCCAGAAUGCUCCAGAGUGCUAUCAGCUCCUCCAUGAGGCCAGACGCUACCACGUACUCGGAAAUGAAAUGAUGUCACCCAGAACUCGUCCUCGCAGGUCGACUGGCUACUCUGAGGUGAUUGUGGUGGUGGGGGGAUGUGAGAGAGUCGGGGGCUUCAACCUGCCCUACACUGAAUGCUAUGAUCCAGUCACAGGAGAGUGGAAAUCACUGGCCAAACUACCUGAGUUCACCAAGUCAGAGUAUGCUGUCUGCGCCCUCCGCAACGACAUUCUGGUGUCAGGUGGCCGCAUCAACAGCAGGGACGUGUGGAUGUAUAACUCCCAGCUCAACCUGUGGAUCAGAGUGGCAUCUCUCAACAAGGGCCGCUGGAGACACAAGAUGGGCGUCCUACUGGGCAAGGUCUAUGCUGUAGGUGGCUAUGAUGGGCAGAGCCGCCUGAGCAGUGUUGAGUGUUAUGACUCCUUCUCCAACCGCUGGACAGAGGUGGCUCCAAUGAAAGAGGCCGUCAGCUCUCCAGCCGUGGCCAGCUGUGCUGGCAAGCUCUUUGUCAUUGGAGGAGGACCUGAUGACGACACUUGUUCCGAUAAGGUUCAGUGCUAUGAUCCUGAGACAGAUUCUUGGUUGCUGCGGGCAAACAUCCCCAUCGCCAAGCGCUGCAUCACGGCAGUGUCCCUCAACAACCUGAUCUAUGUGUGCGGUGGUCUCACCAAGUCCAUAUUCUGCUACGACCCCGCAGAGGACUACUGGAUACAUGUGGUUCACACCUUUAACAAACAGGAGAGCUGCGGGAUGUCAGUGUGCAACGGGAAGAUCUUCAUCCUCGGCGGCAGAGGGGAGAAUGGCGAAGCGACAGACACCAUCCUGUGUUACGACCCAGCAACAGGCAUCAUCACAGGUGUGGCGGCCAUGCCGCGGCCGAUCUCCUACCACGGCUGCGUCACCAUCCACCGCUACAAUGACAAAUACCACAGGCCCUGACCCUAAACAAGCACACAGACGCACACACUAAAGAACUUAAACUCUUUGAACUUAAGUUUUUCAAGUUCACCUGAUGCACAGCACAAAACACAAUCACACACUUCUUUAUCCACAGUGCCUUUUGAGCUAAUUUAUUUUCUCACAGCAUCAUGUAGCAGAACUCAUUGUGGUGCUGUGAACCUUUUGCUGUUGUGUACUAUAGUUAAAACCCCUUCUGUGGAAACACUCAGUGGUUUAUGAUGCUGAUGACUUGUCUGUAACCUGAGCUAAAGUGGAGUCAGAUCGACAUGGCAGAUGUGCCUCGCAUUAGUAGUAACUGCACAAGGUUGGGAAGAAUUAAAGGAAACUGAUUAUGAUAGAGGAUUACUUGGAUUGUAAAAGUUGAUUCAUUCUUAACCUUAAGAUAACGAAUCUGUGGUGACUUAUUCUAAAAUCAAAGUUCAAUUUCUUAUAUUUUCACAUAGCUUUCAACCAUAUCCUAUCAUGUGACCUAUACACAAUACUUACCUUUAAAAGAGACUGUUAGGCAACCAACAAUAAAAUAGAACCAGUAAAACAGGCUGCGUGUGCACCAACUUCAACGAACACAAGAUCUUAAUCACUCACUGGCAUAUUUCAUUUCAAAGGAUAUGAUGCCAUUUUAAAUAGCUGAGAAGCCUGGCUUUUUAAGAUCGUUAGUGUGUUUUUCACUAAAAAAAAGUGAUUCCAGUUUGCUUUAGUGCCAGUUUAAGAGUUUAAAGCACAUUUUGAUGAUCACCGGGAAUGUCGUGAAUCACAGUUAUUUUGGCCAGGGUAAUCAUGACAUGAAAUUUUCACAUCGUCCCCUGCCUAGACGUGAUGACACCUGAGCAAGUUUAAGUUUACUGAUUAAAGAAAACUCAGUUAAAAGCUAAGUAAAUACAGGUAAAUUUGGAUUAAUUAACAUAUUUUUCAAAGAAAUUUUACCACUUAAGUUUCUAAAUAACAGAGUAAACUGUCUGCCUACCUAACUGCGUGUUAAAGGGCUAAAACUCCAAACACUAACAUUGAGUUUCCAGAAUUGACUUUAUUACAGUACUGAUUACAAGCAGGUAAUCAGUUGGACAGUCUGCCUCCCAACACUGUGCUUUUAUUACUGUGCAAAGUCACCUCACCCUCAGAUCUAGGUUGCUGAUGAGCUGAAAUAAACUCAGAUAGUGCUGAUGAACAAAACCAACGCCUUGAGGCAAAAAUUGAAAAACAGCCUUAUAAAAAUGGCCAAAAUGAUCUACCCACAGAGGAAUAUGAAUUUAUUUCUGAUUGACAGAUGAGCAGCCAGGUCAGAUUUUGAACCUUGUACCCACUGCACUCCACAUGGAUAUGUACAUACAGUAACACAGCAGCACAAUGCAGGUAAAGAACAUUAAAAGUACUGUCCUUUGCUUUUUAUCUCGUUUCCUUGAUACUAAAAAUGACCUAAUGAAAAUGUGGUGAACAGUCAGCCAGCUGCUCUCCUGCAGUAUCAGUGGUCAUAAGUACAAGUCAGUGUCACCCGUUGACCCAGAGUGGAGUUAGGAGAAGAGAUAAACAGCAGAGGCUGUACCAAAACAUUGGAACAUAGCCACUGUUAGCUUUGCCCUCUUUAUUUCCUCUUUUUUUCUCAAUCCCUUCACUUAUAACCCAGUUCCACUUCCCCUGCGCGUUUCCCCUUUCCAUCCUCCAGCUGUGUCAUCACCUCACAUUUUGAUAUCUCCUGUUAAGCUUUAUUUUUGCUCCAUUUUGAUAAUUAUUAAACUCAUUACUGACGUUUUAUUUUUUAUUUUUUUUAAGUUAUACUUGUUUGUCUUUUUUUAUAAUUGGAUGUUUACUGUAUUAUAAGUAGCUUUAGUGUGUCUGUUUCAUAUCGAUGUUAGUUCAUUGGUGUACUGGGCUUGUGGGUGGUUUUGUAGAUGUGAGAAGCCUUUGUAGAUCAAACUCGAAGACUGCUCUGAAUAAGUGGUGUGCAUGUUUGGUGUGUAUGUACAGUUUGUGACUUUUACGACUCGGUGUGGAUGCGUCGGAGCCAAGGAGGUUUAUCGGAGUACUAUAGUGUAAGCAUCGCACGACUGCUAGCUUGUGUUCACAGAGGGUUUCACACUGAUGAUGGCACCUCUCACCUGUGCACUUACAUGUAAAGAUGUAACUCGGGGUAACCAUAGAUACCUCCAGGUGUGUAUGUGUGUAUGUGUGUUUACUGGUCUGCUAUGGUAGUGUGUGUAGCAGUGCUACACCUCUCAUGGGGGGGUUAAAGGGACAGUACACAUCAAAAUUAAAAAUACAUAUUCUUCCUCUUACCUGUAGUGCUGUUUAU